AUGCCUUCUCUCGAUCCGAAAGUCUAUCUCGUUGCUUGGAUUGCUCCACUCGAGAUCGAGGUACAAGCUGCAUUAUGUAUGCUCGAUAAAGUACACAUAGGAGGAUUUCCAGUCGGUCCUGGUGAUGACUACGUGUUCCAUGCAGGUGAGGUGAACGGGCACAACGUGGUUGUUGCGACGUUCGCUGCUGGUCAGCCGUACGGCACCAACUCUGCAACUUCCCUCGCAAGCCACGUGCGACGUUUUUUCCCCAACCUGUGGUUUGGACUACUGGUUGGCGUUGCAGCAGGGCUCCCAAAUCUUUCGUCCUCUCCCCCGCGGGACAUCCGGCUGGGCGAUGUCAUUAUUGCUAUGCCCGACGGUGAUAACCCGGCUAUUGUACCGUAUGGGCUUGGAAAACAGAAAGGGGAGACUGGCUUUGAGUUGUUACGCAGCGGACAUUCUUUGCCUCAGACAGAACGUAUUGUGGGCUCAGCAAUCGGUAAAAUUAAGGCAGAAGGACGUGUAACGAAAUCAAUUUUGGAUCAGUACAACGAAGUGGCCUCGGAGACAGCCAAAUUUUCCGAUCCUGGCCAAAAGAAUGACUCUCUCUACCUAUCUGGCGACGACAAGCCAGUUCUACGGCGGCAGCGUCCAGAAUCUGAACGCAACCGCGUGUGGUAUGGCGCUAUUGGAUCCGGAGACAAAUUGUUAAAAAGCGCCUGGGAUCGAGAUGAAUUAAGAGACACCUACAAUUUGAUUGGAUUGGAAAUGGAGGCCGCAGGUGUCAUGAGUGAACUGCCUGUGGGGAACAUUCGAGGAGUCUGUGAUUAUGGAGAUGAGCGGAAGAACAAAGACUGGCAGCCUUAUGCAGCGGUUAUGGCAGCUGCCUAUGCAAAAGUGGUGUUGAUGGAGAUAGAACCGAAACCUGUCGCGCAGAAAAUCGGCAUGGACGAUGAAUUUACUAGUGAAGACAAACAUUGUCUGAAGGACAUACUAUUGACUAAUCCAGACGAUGAUCGAAGACGAAUCGAGGAAACAAAAGGCGGCUUGCUCAAUGGCUCUUUUCAAUGGAUCCUGGACAAUCCCAAGUAUUGCAAAUGGUACACCAACACACAUAGUCAACUACUCUGGAUCAAGGGGGACGCUGGGAAGGGGAAGACAAUGCUUAUGAUUGGGAUAAUCAAGGAGCUGCUACAGCAUGCCAAACUAAAAUCAUCACAGUCGUUGGCAUACUUCCUGUGCCAAGCUGCAGACCCCAAACUCAACAAUGCUACUGCUGUUCUUCGGGGAUUGAUUUACAUGCUAGUUGUCCAACAGCCACAAUUAGUACGAUACUUGCGACAACGGUACGACCUGGAAGGAAGGAAGUUGUUCGACGGUGGAAAUGCGCUUUACAGCCUGUCUUCAAUUUUCGAGAAUCUGAUGAAGUAUUCGCAGCACACCACAACAUACCUGCUUAUUGAUGCUCUUGAUGAGUGCGAGGGAGGGUCGAGUGACCUACUGAAGCUUAUCGCAAAGACAGCCUCCAUGCAAUCUCAUCAAGUAAAGUGGAUUGUCUCGAGUCGCAAUAGAGGGGACAUUGAGCACUUCUUACACGGUGGCUACGAAUCGAGCAAGCUUAGCCUUGAGCUUAAUGCGCCUCACAUAUCUUGUGCCGUUGAGACAUAUAUAAAUUAUGGGAUUUCACAGCUAGGUUUACUCAAACACGACAAAACUCUCGAAGAGCACGUCCGAAUUCAAUUGCAUCAGAAGUCAGACGACACGUUCUUAUGGGUGUCCUUGGUGAUUCAAGAUCUCCAAAAAUGCCAGCAUCUUGGAGCAAUGAUUGAGAUGUUGGAGGGGAUCCCUAAAGGCCUUUCUGCACUAUACGAUAGAAUGGUACAUCAAAUAAGGCAGCUUGAGGAUCAAGACCGCGCGUUGAUCGUGUUGAUUCUGUCAAAUGCUACACUCGCCUAUCGUCCCCUUCACUUACAAGAAAUGUGCUGUCUAUUGAGCGAUCAUAAUUUGAAGUGCGGCUUGGAUGAUUUGGAGGCAGCUGUGGCUAUGGACGGUUCACUUUUAAGUAUCCGGGAUGAUCGUCUCUAUUUUGUGCAUCAGUCAGCAAAAGAUUACAUCAACAAUCAUGCAUCCAUGGAAAUCUUCCCCUUGGGACGAUCAGAAGUUCAUUACCGGAUGUUUCAGCAGUCUUUGAGGACUCUUUCAACCAAAUUGUACCGCAAUAUGUAUCAUCUCGAGAACGCUGGUGUUUCAGCAUCCGAGAUCGCGACUCUUCGACCCGACCCUGAUCCACUGGCUACAUUACGUUAUAGCUGUACGUUCUGGUUGGACCAUUUCCUAGAAAUCGAACCAGGUUCAACAAUCAGGUCCGAAAGCUCAGAAGUUGCAGUGAUAUCGGGAUUUUUUACAAAGCACCUUCUUCACUGGUUUGAGAGCCUCAGUCUCAUUGGGGAGCUUCCGCAUGGGAUCUGGGCCCUCAGAAAACUUGUGUAUCAAGAGCAAGCUGAAGGUGGCCUAGAACCAGUUCAAGGCGGAGGGAAUUUCGUGAGGCGUUCUUUGAGAAAAGUGCUGAAUUACCCAAAAAAGAGAUCUCAGCCCCAUUCAAUUUUACGGGAAGCGGAGAGACUUGCAAACAGCUACGGUUCAAUAAUAGGAGAGGCCCCUCUGCAAGCAUAUACGGCCACACUUGUUUUCUGUCCUCAAAAGAGUCAAAGUAAAAUCCUUUACUGGAGGGAAAGGCUGGAUCUGGUCGAGCACGCGUUUGGAAUCCAGGAAAGGUGGGAUCCAUACUUGCAGUUGUUGGAUGAACAUACCAACCGAGUCAACGGAGUGGCUUUCUCUCCGGAUGGCAAAUUACUCGCAUCAGCUUCAGAUGACUGCACCAUUCGAUUUUGGGAUACAGUCACGGGCCGUAUGAAGCAAGUGUUACAGGACCAUGCUUGCGUCAAUGCAGUUGCCUUCUCCCCGGACGGUAAACUGUUAGCAUUGGUUUCCAAUGACUGCACUGUCCGGCUAUGGAACACAACAAGCCUUGUACUGCAAGUCUUACAGGGGCAUUCCGAACGAGUUAAUGCAGUAGCCUUCUCCCCAGACGGCAAGAUAGUAGCCUCGGCUUCUGAUGACUGCACUGUUCGGCUUUGGGACACGGCAGGUGUUGUGAAGCACGUUCUACAGGAUCAUACUGAACGUGUUAAUGCGGUGGCUUUCUCCCAGGACGGCAAAACACUAGCAUCAGCUUCAGAAGACUGCACCACCAAGCUCUGGGACACAAUCACGGGUCUCCUAAAGCAGACCCUAGAGCGUCCUAAGCCAGUCAACGCAGUUGCAUUUUCUCCAAAUGGAGAAAUAUUAGCAUCAGCCUCGUCCACGCUUAUCAUGCUCUGGGAAGCGGCUACUGGUCGUAAUAUGGAUGUCCUACAUGAAGUGUUCACAGGACCGUCUCAAUGGUUCAUUCCCCAUACUGAUACGAUCAGGGCGCUGGUCUUUUCCCAGGAUGGCAAGACGCUCGCUUCAGCCGCAAAUGAUCGCAAUAUAGUGCUUUGGGAUACGGCCAACUGGAGGGUAAAGCGAAUUCUACAGGGCCACACUGAAUCGAUCAGGGCAGUGGCUUUCUCCCCAAAUAGCCAAAUACUAGCCUCUGCAUCAAAUGACUACACCAUUCGGGUCUGGGACACAGCCAUAGGUCUUGGAAAGCGAACUCCACAGAAACCACGGCCUGAAGCUGUGCCCUUGUUCCCGGGCAAGCCGCCCAAUAUUGCGAAAUUCUCCUUGAACGGUGAUAUGCUCGCAACAGUGGGACACAGAAGUGAAAUAUUUCUCUGGGAUACAACGACGAGCCAUAAAAAGUUGAUCUCACGGGGUAUUCUAGGAUCGAUCAACGCACUUGUCUUCUCUCCAGAUACCAAGAUGCUAGCAUCGGCUUACAACGAUGGCACCGUCAGGCUUUGGGAUGCGGCUAGGGGUAAGAUGAAACAGACUCUCAAGGCCAACGAUAAUUCGGUCAACGCAGUGGCCUUUUCACCUGGCUGCGGAAUGCUAGCUUCGGCUUCCAAUGAUGGCAUGGUUAGACUUUGGGAUAUAGCCAAGGGUAUUGUGGUCUUCAGCUAUGAAGAAGUGACCACUGCACUGCUGUUUUCAGAUGAUGGUUGUCUAUUGAAUACGGACAAUAGUUGUUUAUGUUUGAAUUCCUUCACUGCCCAGCCGCUCUAUCCUCGAAAAGUGGAGCGCAGAAUCACCGCUCAUGACAAAUGGAUCAGUUGCGACGGGGAAAAAUUGGUUCUGGCCCCGCCGGAGUACGAAUUCGUGAAUGGCAGUAAUGAUACUAUCAUUCUUCGCCAUUUCUCUGGAAACAUAACAUUUAUCAAGUUCAAGUUACCUAUGCAGUGA